AUGUUGAUUUAUGAAUACUUGCCCAAUAAAAGUCUUGACUUGUUUCUAUUCGAUCCAAUGCGAAGUGCAGUACUUGAUUGGCCUAAGCGCUUUCACAUUAUAAAUGGUAUUGCUCGGGGACUUGUCUUUGGCGCUUUGGUGCUUGAGAUUGUAAGUGGCAAAAGCAAUAGAGGAUUUUCCCAUAGAGAUCACCACCACAACCUUCUUGGACAUGCAUGGAUGCUGCAUAAAGAAGGAAGGUCACUGGAAUUCGUCGAUGAUUACCUUGGCAUUUCACAUUAUUUAUCAGAAGUGCAGAGAUCGAUCCAUGUGGGACUGUUGUGUGUUCAACAAUGUCCAGAUGACAGGCCAAGCAUGUCUUCAGUAGUGUUUAUGCUUGGCAAUGAAGUUGAGUUGCCUCAAGCUAAGCAACCUGGUUUUUUCACAGAAAGGGAUUUGUUUAUGGCUGAAAGUUCAAGUAGCACAAAUGCACCAAGCUCAAUAAACCAAAUGACCAUAACACUAAUGGAAGCACGAUAA